AAUAAAUUCUUGCUCAGUCGUAAGUAAUGAAGCGUGUCAAAUAAAUGUACUCCUUCGGUCCCACCAAUCAUCCAGCGAAAGUAUAUGAUCGGUUAGAAUGAAAGUGUCAUCGUGUCCUUUCAUCACAACCCAAUUUUAGUCUCCGGUCAGAACCGAUUGGCAACGGACCUUUCUUUUUUUCUUCGCCAGAAUCAUGUUCUCCAAAGUGUUCAGCAUUCUUCUGGUGUUCCUCGCGAUGCAGUCUAUCUGCAGCGCAACGUCACACGAGCAAGACACUGCGAUAGAUUUGUCGCAAUAUCCAGUAUCGGUCUACAAUCCAGAGACAGGAGUUGAAUACAAGGCUAUGAUUGUCAAUUUUAAGCAAGACAAUUCAUCUGUUCUAUUAAUGUACGGUGGUUUACCGUGCCACUGUGAAAAUCACGAGUGUUCGUGUUGCGCAAGUAUUCGUAUGCGAAGUUUGAAUUGGAAAAUGUGUUUAAAUGCAGUGAUUCGUCCGCAAAUACCUCCAUUCACAUUGUCAUUAAUUGUAAACGAUAAAGUGAUCAUACAGAAAACCCCAGGCUCGGAAAUAGAAUUGUUCUGCGCUGGAAUCCGACUAUCUAUGAAAGUUUGCACCGGUUUGAAGAAUAUUUACAUCGAUAAACGAAAUGCCCAUUUUUGUGCCGAAGUGCAUGUGAAAUUGAUGUGGUUCAAGAUAUCGUUAUUUUAUAAAUGCAUCAAUAUAAAUAGCCACGGAAUUUCUAUAGAAAACCUCUUGCUAGACUAUAAUCAGACCAUCCCGCAGAUAGAAUAUCAACCUGACGAACCGGAAGUGUACGACGCAGUGGAUUUCGAAGAGCAGGACCUCGAACUUUACAACACGACCAAUGACACGCUCUCUGUCGACGAAGAGGCACAAAUUGGGCAAUUAAAGCUCUGAUAAUGAGGAAUACAUUAUUGUAAAAUGUUAUCGGCAAUUAAUAUUUAUAAAUAUCAAAAUUUAUUAUAGAACAAAAUCAUUUAUACUAUUCUACUUAAGGACAGUAGCAAUUACUUCUUCCAUGAAAUGGACGACGCAAUGUACCUGGAAUGCACUGAUUUUUACUCUCUUUUACCAGUAAAACUUGCGUACUGUAUUACAAUGCUCUUAUAGGUAUAAUUAUGUUAUUAUAUUAUUACGUUAUGUUCUUAUAUGUAUUAGGUAUGUUUAUAUUUCCACGAUAGCCUAAACUUUUGUCGCCAUUAAAACGAAUAAAUUUGUCAUUUUAUUAUAACGUGAUUAACAUACUAGAAAUGUGUUAGGGAAACCAUUAAUGUUCCUCACUAGUCAUCUAGGCCAACUGUAAUUACGUAGUCAAAUAGCCAAAUAUAUGUCUAAUCAGAUGUAAUGAUUGUCAUAAUACUUCGUCUGCAACAUAUAUUAAAAAUCAAAAACCAUAAUACACUG